AUAGAAAAACUAAUACAAACUGCAUAAUUCUCCCAACAAAACAUUGAAAAAGCCCCAAUUUCAGAGCAAAAUCGAGAAACCCUAGAAAUGAUUAGCUCAGUGAUGAAGCAAGUCUCGACCAUCUUCAAUCGACCGAACGUAGCUCUAAAUCCACUAAAUUGGGAGCUGCAACAAUGGCGAGGCAUAAGAGUGAAGGUGAGGAACAACAACCUAGACCAAGCACUGUUUUUGAUGCAGAGGAAAAUGCAGUCUAGCGGAAUAGAACGGCUGAUUAAGCGCGAACAGCUGCACCACAUCAAGAACUCGGAGAAGCGUGUAUUGGCUCGUAAGAUCCUUGAACGUAAAAUCCGUUCUCAAGAACUCGCUCGGAAGCUCAAAUCCAUCCUUAUAAAAAAAGUCAGGGGUUUAUAAUGGAGGAUUCCAGCAGAGUUUGCUUCACCAACUAUCCCGACUUGGCAGGAUGGUUGCCACAAACAUCAUUUUCUUGCACCUCCCUAUGUGGGCUACACCUUUAAGAAUAACGUUUUCCUUUUGAUUUUCUAUUAGAUUUCUCAUAUACUUGAGGUAGAAAUACGGCAGGUGUUAGUGGAGAAGGUCGUUGCUAGUUGCUGCACUAUUUUUUUU